AUGCCGGAGAUCAGAGUUACCCCCCUGGGGGCUGGCCAGGAUGUGGGCCGCAGCUGUAUCCUGGUUUCCAUUGCGGGCAAAAACGUCAUGCUGGACUGCGGGAUGCACAUGGGCUUCAAUGAUGAUAGACGCUUCCCUGAUUUCUCCUACAUCACCCAGAAUGGCCGGCUGACUGACUUCCUUGACUGUGUGAUCAUCAGCCACUUCCACCUGGACCACUGCGGGGCGCUCCCCUACUUCAGCGAGAUGGUGGGCUACGAUGGGCCUAUCUACAUGACGCCCCCUACCCAGGCCAUCUGCCCCAUCCUGCUUGAGGACUACCGCAAGAUUGCUGUGGACAAGAAGGGCGAGGCCAACUUCUUUACCUCUCAGAUGAUCAAGGACUGCAUGAAGAAGGUGGUGGCUGUUCACCUGCACCAGACAGUUCAGGUGGAUGAUGAACUAGAAAUCAAGGCCUACUAUGCAGGCCACGUGCUGGGAGCAGCCAUGUUCCAGAUUAAAGUGGGCUCCGAGUCUGUGGUUUACACGGGUGAUUACAACAUGACCCCAGACCGACACUUGGGGGCCGCCUGGAUCGACAGGUGCCGCCCCAACCUGCUGAUCACAGAGUCCACAUACGCUACAACCAUCCGAGACUCCAAGCGCUGCCGUGAGAGGGACUUCCUCAAGAAGGUCCAUGAGACUGUGGAGCGUGGCGGGAAGGUGCUGAUCCCAGUCUUUGCACUGGGCCGUGCCCAGGAGCUCUGCAUCUUGCUGGAGACCUUCUGGGAGCGAAUGAACCUGAAGGCGCCCAUCUACUUCUCUACUGGCCUGACCGAGAAGGCCAACCACUACUACAAGCUCUUUAUCACCUGGACCAACCAGAAAAUCCGGAAAACCUUCGUCCAGAGGAACAUGUUUGAAUUCAAGCACAUCAAGGCCUUUGACCGAGCAUUUGCAGACAACCCUGGCCCAAUGGUGGUGUUUGCUACACCUGGGAUGCUGCACGCUGGCCAAUCCCUGCAGAUCUUCCGAAAGUGGGCAGGGAAUGAGAAGAACAUGGUCAUCAUGCCAGGCUAUUGUGUGCAGGGCACCGUGGGCCAUAAGAUCCUCAGUGGGCAGCGCAAGCUGGAGAUGGAGGGGCGGCAGGUGCUGGAAGUCAAGAUGCAGGUGGAGUACAUGUCAUUCAGUGCCCACGCUGAUGCCAAGGGCAUCAUGCAGCUCAUUGGGCAGGCAGAGCCCGAGCAUGUGCUUCUGGUGCAUGGUGAAGCCAAGAAGAUGGAGUUUCUGAAGCAGAAGAUUGAGCAGGAGUUCCGAGUGAAUUGCUACAUGCCGGCCAAUGGCGAGACAGUUACACUGCCUACAAGCCCCAGCAUCCCUGUAGGCAUCUCACUGGGGCUGCUGAAGCGGGAGAUGGCACAGGGGCUGCUCCCUGAUGCUAAGAAGCCCAGGCUGCUGCAGGGUACCCUGAUCAUGAAGGACAGCAACUUCCGGCUGGUGUCUUCAGAACAAGCCCUCAAAGAGCUGGGACUGGCGGAGCACCAGCUGCGUUUCACCUGUCGCGUGCACCUGCAUGAUGCCAGGAAGGAGCAGGAGACAGUGAUGCGUGUUUACAGCCACCUCAAGAGCAUCCUGAAGGACCACUGUGUACAGCAUUUGCCCGAUGGCUCAGUGACUGUGGAGUCCAUCCUGAUCCAGGCUGCCGCCCACUCGGAGGACCCAAGCACCAAGGUGCUGCUGGUCUCUUGGACCUAUCAGGACGAGGAGCUGGGGAGCUACCUCACGUCGCUGCUCAAGAAGGGCCUUCCCCAGGCUCCCAGCUGAGCCCCACCAGACCUGCCACCUUUGCC